AUGAGGCGGCGGCGGUGGGCACGCGCUGCCACCGCUCUGUCGUGCCUCGCCAUCGCCGUCGUGCUGCAGCUCGCCGUCGUCGCCGAGGGGAGGUCGGCGCCGUCGUUGCUGCCGCCGCCGAGGCGCGCGCACGGUGACGGCCACGCUCACGCCCACGCCCACGCCCACGCGCGCCCUCGCACUCACAGCGGGAGUGUGCUGCCACCGCCGCCGACGGGUGCAACGACGACCGUGCACCACGCUGUGGCGGCGGCCACCGGCGCGUCAGUCCGCUUCGACGCCGCCGCUGCAGGCGCAUUCGUACGGUGUAAGAGCGGCGGGCGGAAAGCAGCGAGCGGCGCUGCUGCUGCUGGUGCGUGCGCCGACGCCGAGGGCGACGAUGACAAGCGGCGCAUACCGACGGGUCCUAACCCUCUGCACAACAGAUAG